AUGGCAACCUUGUUGUGGAUCUAUAUUCUAGGCUUGCUGGCAUGCUUUGCUGAAGGAGCUAGGCCAGGGCCACCCAAGAGGACAUACAUCGUUCGGUUGCGAAAGCCGCUCGUUGGGACUCCUGCGGCGCUACAGGCUCGUAGACCUCAAUCACCAGGCGAUGCAGCUACGAAUCCGAUUGAAUCUCUCCCAAUCGACACUUCGUCAAUUAUCUAUAAUUACACCAGCUCUACGACCGGAUUUUCCGCUCAAUUGACCGAUGCUGAGGUCGCUGCCUUACAAAGCAAUCCUGACGUCGUCGCUAUCUCGACGGAUACGGUCUUCCGACUCCACACCAGUCGCACACCUCAGUUCCUUGGCUUGGUCUCAAACGAUGAACUGCUUGGUGGCCAAUCAUCUCCCAACGUACAACGCGAUACCUUCGCAAACAGUGACUAUGUCUCUAGCGUCGAGUCUAACAUUGUGGUCGGUGUCUUCGAUACUGGUGCAUGGCCGGAGCUGCCAAGUUACAGCGACGUGGGAAUGGGCCCCAUUCCGAGCCAUUGGAAGGGUAAAUGCGAAGAGGGUGAAGAAUGGACGUCCAAGAACUGCAACAAGAAGCUCAUCGGCGCCAGAUACUACUAUCAGGGUUUUCUGGCAAGUCUGAACGAGACCGAGCAAACUUUCAACUGGACAGGCCUAUACAGAUCUGCAAGAGAUUCCGAGGGACAUGGCACUCACACGUCCACCACCAUUGCUGGUGCUCAUGUUGCGAAUGCAAGCCUCUAUGGACAGGCAUCCGGCACAGCGCGGGGAAUGGCCACUGGUGCACGCUUGGCAAUCUACAAGGUCUGCUGGAGAGAUGGCUGCUUCAACUCGGAUAUUCUCAAAGCCUUGGAUGACGCGAUUGAGGAUGGUGUCAACAUCACAUCAUUCUCUUUGGGAGGUGACCCUGAUUAUAUGUAUCCGGAAGAUUGGUCGGUGGGUGGAAGCUUUGCCGCUAUGGAGAGAGGCAUUUUGGUUUCUGCAUCAGCCGGCAACAGCGGACCUGGUCCAUACACUGUGAGCAACAUCGCACCAUGGGUCAUGACUGUGGCAGCCAGCACUCUCGAUCGCGACUUUCCCGCAGUUGCUAUUCUUGGAAACGGUCAGAACUACACUGGCACUUCGAUUUAUGCCGAGAGUAGCGUAGGGUUCAAGUCUCUGCCCACAGGAAGGUCUCCCCUGAUUUGGGCUGGAGACGCUUCUUUGGGAAACAUCACAGCCGCGAACCUCUGCCUCAACGGUAGCCUUGCAGCAGACAAAGUUGCUGGAAAGAUCAUCGUCUGCGAAAGAGGAGAGAAUGGCCGAGUUGAAAAAGGAGGCGUUUUGAAAGACCUUGGAGCGCGAGGCAUGGUACUGACCAACGACAAAGCCAACGGAGGCUCACUUAUAUCCGAUGCACAUGUGCUGCCUGCUGUUCACAUCUCCUAUGAAGAUGGCGUUAAAGUUGCGGCAUAUGCCAAAUCCGGCAAUGCAACGGCCACCAUGGACUUCGAAGGCACCCGAUACGGAGUCCCCGCCCCGGGAAUGGCUGGUUUUAGCUCAAGGGGACCUAACAGCCCGGACCCGAAGAUUUUGAAACCUGACAUCACCGGUCCAGGGGUGUCAAUUUUGGCUGGCUGGACGCAGGACGAGGCUCCCUCUGGCCUUGCGGGCGAUGUCUCAAGAUCCAACUUCAACAUCAUUUCCGGAACAUCCAUGUCUUGCCCUCACCUAAGUGGCAUUGCUGCCUUCAUCAUGGCCCGACGACCAAGCUGGAGUAUCGCUGCGAUUAAAUCGGCCAUCAUGACCACGGCAUAUACCACCCUCAAGGGUAGUAGAUCCAGUAUUAUCGACGAAGCCGGUGGUGAUGCGACGCCAUUCGCGUACGGAAAUGGUCACGUAGACCCCAUUGCCGCUCUCAACCCUGGCCUCGUUUACGACAUCACGACGGAGGACUACAUUGCAUACGCCUGCGCCUACAACUCAUCUGAUUCAUACAUCUCUUCCCUCACAAGGAGCAACACUACGAACUGCGACACAUCUAAGAAGUACAGCCAGUACGACCUCAACUAUCCUUCUUUCUCAGCAUUCUACGACACGACCAAUACCAAUGGUACUCUUGAGACUCAAUUUCGCCGUACCGUUACCAGUGUCAACGGCGCUGGGACUUACAAGGCCCAAUUCACACUCACCAAUCCCAGUCUGGUUUCUGUGACAGUGGAGCCCAGCGAGCUGACCUUCGGAGCGACGGGUGAGAAACAAAGCUACGUAUUGACAGCCAAACUGCUGUCGAAUACAACAGCUGAGGACAUAAUGGAGACGGGUAGCUUAGUGUGGUCAGACGGUUCUCAUACUGUCCACAGUUCGCUAGCAUUUUUGUGGACAACUGAUGGGGCUCCCGUAUAUUCAUAA